AUGAGCGCGGGCUUUGGAAGGCGGCGAGCGAGAGAGGCUGUCCGCGGCGAACAGGGAGCGGGGCUGAGGACUGUCCUGGGCAUCACCAGACCAAGCAUUAGCUGCCGAAGCCUCGCGCACCAGAGCCCAGCUGUCCCUCCUCUGUAUUGCUAUGGGAAUUCAAGGCCUGGCCAAACUGAUUGCUGAUGUGGCCCCCAGUGCCAUUCGGGAGAAUGACAUCAAGAGCUACUUCGGCCGCAAGGUGGCCAUUGAUGCCUCCAUGAGCAUUUAUCAGUUCCUGAUUGCUGUUCGUCAGGGCGGGGAUGUGCUGCAGAAUGAGGAGGGCGAGACCACCAGCCACCUGAUGGGCAUGUUCUACCGUACCAUCCGUAUGAUGGAGAAUGGCAUCAAGCCCGUGUAUGUUUUUGAUGGCAAGCCACCACAGCUCAAGUCAGGUGAGCUGGCCAAACGCAGUGAGCGGCGGGCUGAGGCGGAGAAGCAGCUGCAGCAGGCUCAGGCUGCUGGGGCCGAGGAGGAGGUGGAAAAGUUUACUAAACGGCUGGUGAAGGUCACCAAGCAGCACAAUGAUGAGUGCAAGCACCUACUGAACCUCAUGGGCAUCCCAUACCUUGAUGCACCCAGUGAGGCAGAGGCCAGCUGUGCCGCCCUGGUGAAGGCUGGCAAAGUCUACGCCGCAGCCACAGAGGACAUGGAUUGUCUGACCUUCGGCAGCCCCGUAUUAAUGCGGCACCUGACUGCCAGUGAGGCCAAGAAGCUGCCCAUCCAGGAAUUCCACCUGAGCCGGAUUCUGCAGGAGCUUGGCCUGAACCAGGAGCAGUUUGUAGAUCUGUGCAUCCUGCUGGGCAGUGACUACUGUGAGAGCAUUCGGGGUAUUGGGCCCAAGCGGGCUGUGGACCUCAUCCAGAAGCACAAGAGCAUUGAGGAGAUUGUGCGUCGGCUUGACCCCAACAAGUACCCUGUGCCGGAAAAUUGGCUCCACAGGGAGGCCCAGCAUCUCUUCCUGGAGCCUGAGGUGCUUGACCCAGAGUCUGUGGAGCUGAAAUGGAGUGAACCAAAUGAGGAAGAGCUUGUCAAGUUCAUGUGUGGUGAAAAGCAGUUCUCUGAGGAGCGAAUCCGUAGUGGGGUCAAGCGGCUGAGCAAGAGCCGCCAGGGCAGCACCCAGGGCCGCCUGGAUGAUUUCUUUAAGGUGACUGGCUCACUCUCUUCAGCUAAGCGCAAGGCGCCAGAACCUAAGGGAUCUGCUAAGAAGAAGGCAAAGACUGGGGCAGCAGGGAAGUUCAAAAGGGGAAAAUAAGUGGGCUUCCCCUCCUUUACCUCCUUGACCCAGAAUACCCAGCCCUAGAGAAACUUCCCUGGGGGCAUGGC